CCCACAUCGCGCCCGCACCUUCUCGCUCCUUUCUGAGAAUCAUUAUGGGAUAUGACAGCCUCUAGCGUGUACUACCAGCACUCUCCAAUGUUUGCCUCUAGGCAACAUGACCUCCUAUGUGCAAUCGCUUCCCUGAAAGCGCAUCAACCAGGAGUAUCCCCGCGAUAUGACUUUCCGCCUCUGGCCACCUGGCAAGUUUGCCUGCUUGUUCGGUCAAUUUGCUCUCUCUAACAGUUUAGUAGUCACUCCGGGUGUGUUCGCCUCUUCCUUUUCUACACUUGAUGUUUUACGUCAAGGGCCAAUCUUGCCAAACCGCGGCAGCUCCGCUCUAUACCGAGUAUGCCAUUUUCUAGUCAAAACUGGUAUACAACCAAAAAAAUACCCCAGUCCCAACAUUAAAAACAGAACACCAUGCCAAUUGCCAGCCCAAUAGAUCUAAGAGAAAGAAAGCCCAGCCCAAACCAAUGCAUGCAUCGUUGAAAAACAAA